CCUGCACACGGAAGAUGCUGCGACGUUACUGGUACAGCAUUGCUAGCUAAAGGCUGAAGAGUAUCAUGUGCUAACGGUCCAAAAAUGAGGACCUUGUCUAGCAUCUCUUGACAGCUUCACUUUUUUGGAGUUCAGCAAAGCCAGAAUAUUUUAUGGCAUUUGCAAAAGAGGGAAAACACUGGAUCCCCUGUUACCAGGGUAGGAAUGGAAGAACUGUAUUUACAUAUUCAACCUUUUAAUAACAGUGGAAAUGUAUCAUCUCAGACCUUAUCCCGGAUCAAAGACACACAAAGUGCACCGUUUCACAGUAGCACGUCACAGUACAUUGGUCUUUUUUUCAUGCUUCUUCUGGAUAUGGUUGCAUUGGCUGGAAAUGUGGCAGUUGCUGUUGUGAUAAUUAAAACCCCCAGACUUCGGAAAUUCCUAUUUGUUAUACACCUUUGUGUUAUUGAUACAUUGGCAGCCAUUACAGUCAUGCCACUGGGGAUUAUGGAAAGUACACAAAGCAUGGGAUUUGAAGAUUCCUUCUGUCAAUCCUAUGUUUCACUGGAGGUUUGUUUUAACAGUGCAUCCAUCCUAACCAUCUCUGCUAUAAACAUAGAACGCUAUUAUUAUAUAGUGCACCCCAUGGUAUAUGAAGUAAAGAUGACUUUAGGUCUGGCAAUCUCAGUCUUGGUGGUUAUUUGGAUUCAAUCAUUUUUGACGUCUAUCGUACCCUUCCUUGGAUUUACACAUGCAGAUGGUACCAUCCCGAGCAAUGCCAGCCUUAUGAAUGUUACUCGCUGCUCCAUGCAGAGGAACUUAGGACACUACAGGAAAACAUUUGUGACAUUCUUUCUUAUAAUGUAUUUUAUUCUGCCUCUUCUUAUCAUACUGACUGUUUAUUGCAAUGUCUUCAAAGUGGCACGAAUUGCAGCUCUGCAGCAAGGACCAUUACCCUCAUGGACAGGAAGUCCACGCCUAAGAUCCAACUCGAAUGGAAGUCAAACUAAUAUUAUGACAGGCAUUAGAUCACACCUAGUAUCAUCAAACAGAACUAUCGGGGGUGCCAAGGCUGCCUUUACUCUAAUAGUAACUGGGGGACAAUUUAUUAUGUGUUGGUUGCCUUAUUUUGCAUUUCAUGUACACAGCGCUUUAAAGAUACAUUCUAAUGCAGAGGACAAGUGGGAACACAUAGUAAGAUGGUUUGCAUACACAACAUUCACUGUAAAUCCUCUAUUUUAUGGCUGCCUAAACAGACAAAUUAGAGCUGAGCUCUGUCAAAUACCAAAGUGUUUCCUAAAACCGUCUCUAGAUGAAGAGCUGGGACUUUCCAGCCGUGAGGGUUCAGUGGAGGAAAACUUCAUCCAGUUUCUUCAGCGGACUAAUUGUGUGGUGGAUAGAAGAAACAGUUGUCCUACUUCUUCAACUUCUAAGUUACUUGUUAACCAAAGCACUCUCAGUUUCAGAAUACCAGGCCAAAUCCUGGAGGAAACACCAGCGCUAUUAGAGCAAGAUUCAGUAGAGUUGAAAAGCAGACGAAAAUGAACAAAUGAGAUUAUAGAGCCCUUUAAUUGGAAAUUAAUUCAUUUGUAAAUCAAAUAAUUUAUAUGCAUUUGCUAUUGCACACAGAAGCUAUCAGAAAGAAGAUGAUCAAAGUUUUAUUUUUUCACAACUGAUUUGAUGUAGAGUAUAAAUUCAAAUAUUUUUAAUAUACACGUAUGAGAUAUAUUAUCCCAAUUGACAUGAUUGUUUUGCUACUAAUAUGGAUUUGUGCAGCUUACUUACGAUUAAGUACAAGGUACUGAUUUAUUACUAUAGGUAGGGUAUCAGUUAUCAGGAAACCUGUUAU